AUGUUUGACUACCUGGAGUGGGACGCCUUCGGACCGGCCGUGGAGCUCCUGGACCUGUACGCCCCCAGCUCCAGCCCGACCCCGGGGCCAGAGGGACGACAGCCCGAUCUGGCCGCGUAUUUCCCCGAACUACUGCUGGAAGCGGAGUUCUGCUCACAAUCUGUGGAAAGCCAGAGCUCCAGUUCGUGUUCGGACGACCUGCUCACCAGCCCCCGCUCGCCUCCCCCGCCGCCCCGUACCUACAAACCCUGCUUUGUCUGCCAGGACAAGUCCUCGGGGUACCACUAUGGAGUCAGCGCCUGCGAGGGCUGCAAGGGCUUCUUUCGCCGCAGCGUGCAGAAGAACAUGGUUUACACGUGUCACCGCGAACGCAACUGCAUCAUCAACAAGAUCAGUCGAAAUCGCUGCCAGUACUGCCGUCUGCAGAGGUGCUUCUCCGCCGGGAUGUCCAGAGAGUCGGUGAGAAAUGACCGUAAGCAAAAGGGUCAGAAGGAGGCGGUGAAGAUGACCAUCAUGGAGACCUACGAGCUGACUGCAGAGCUGGGGUUGAUCGUGGAGAAGAUCUGCAGAGCUCACAGAGAGACUUUCCCCUCUCUGUGUCAGCUGGGCAAGUACACCACGAAGUCUAGUGCAGAGCAGAGGAUUCAGCUGGACCUCGGGCUGUGGGACAAGUUCAGUGAACUGGCCACAAAGUGUAUCAUUAAAGUGGUGGAGUUUGCCAAACAAGUGCCAGGAUUCACCGGCCUCAGCAUCACGGAUCAGAUCACCCUGCUGAAGGCCGCCUGCCUGGACAUCCUGAUCUUGAGGAUUUGUGCGCGGUACACGCCGGACCAGGACACCAUGACGUUCUCAGAUGGACUCACGCUGACACGCACUCAGAUCCACAACGCCGGGUUCGGACCGCUCACGGACCAUGUGUUCACAUUCGCCGGACAGCUGCUGCCACUGGGGAUGGACGACACGGAGAGCGGCCUUCUCAGCGCCAUCUGCCUGGUGUCUGGAGACCGCCAGGACCUGGAGGAGCCCUCGAAGGUAGAGGUGAUCCAGGAGCCGCUGCUGGAGGCUCUGAAGGUCUACUCCCGCAGACGCAGACCCAGUGACCCCCUGCUGUUCCCCAGGGCCCUGAUGAAGAUCACUGACCUGAGGAGCAUCAGUGCCAAGGGAGCAGAGCGUGUGGUUGCCCUGAAGAUGGAGAUCCCCGGCUCGUUGCCUCCUCUGAUCGCUGAGAUGUUGGAGGACCUCGAGAACCUGCAGCUGAGUCACAGGAGAGCAGCUCCCGUUGCCCCCUCCCCCACUGCCUCCCCCACUGCCUCCCCCACACUGCACACGCUCAGUGGGAUCCAGGUCUAG